AAUCGUCCAUCCUGCGAGUGAAGUGAUUGUUCAUUCAAUCUGGACUUCGUGUUUGGUAUGUGAAAAUGUUGUCUUUUUAGAAGAAGAAGUAUACGUGAGUGUAGGGAAAUCAUUGCAGUAAAAGUUGCAGUUAUUAUUCACCCAAGUUUCGCUUUUUAUAUCCCGACAAACGUCCAAAUUGUAUAGUUCGGAUUUUCUCUUGUACCUUUGAUAAGCAGUGGCGUACUGUAGAUUUUUUUGCGUGAAAAAAAGUUAAUCAAUUUCCUCGUGUAUUUGUUAAUUAAUUUACGUGACGUCUUCUUUCCUUUCCUUUUCAUACAUCACGUCGCUGAAAUUGAUCUGCACCUCUGGAUAAGCAGAAGGAGUAUCAAAGUUUUAAAAAAUGUCAGCAAAGGCCAUCAGGGAAGCUUCUGGAAAGGAGCUAAUUAACAAAUAUCUGGCACCAGGUUCCAAUGCAGCUAAAUGUAAUUUUGUGUCUGUGGAUGAGACAACAGAUUGGGAUAAUUUAAUUGCCUGCAAUCCAUGGCUUAAGACGAUGCCUCUUGUCGCAAAACCUGAUCAGCUGAUAAAGCGGCGUGGAAAGUUGGGUCUUAUCACGGUGAAUAAGAACAUUAAGGAAGUAAAGGAAUGGAUUACUGCGAGGAUGGGAAAGGAGCAAACGAUUGGCGUUACGGUGGGGACGCUCAGGAAUUUCAUCAUUGAACCCUUUCUUCCGCACAAAGAUGAUCAGGAGGCCUAUGUGUGCAUCUACUCACAUAGAUCCGCCGAUACGAUCCUCUUCUAUCACCAAGGGGGCGUUGAUAUUGGCGAUGUAGAUGCUAAGGCGCUCAAAUUAGACAUUCCCGUAGGGCAUGCUACUACAGCAGAGGAAAUUGAGCGUGUACUACUAAAGGAAAUUGCUCCUACAAAGAAAAAAUUCGUAGCCAAUUUUGUGUACAAUCUCUACCAAUUGUACGUGGAUUUGUAUUUCACAUAUUUGGAGAUAAAUCCUCUCGUGGUGACUGAUGAGCAGAUUUACAUUUUGGAUUUGGCAGCAAAAUUGGAUUCAACUGCUGAUUUUAUUUGCCGCCAAAAGUGGGGAAAUAUAGAUUAUCCUCCACCAUUUGGUCGCGAUGCCUAUCCUGAGGAGGCAUACAUUGCUGAUCUUGACGCCAAGAGUGGGGCUUCCCUCAAGCUGACCAUCCUCAAUCGAAAUGGAAGGAUUUGGACAAUGGUUGCUGGUGGGGGUGCAAGUGUGAUCUAUUCAGAUACAAUUUGCGACUUGGGUGGAGCGAGUGAAUUGGCAAACUAUGGUGAAUACAGUGGGGCACCGUCUGAGCAGCAAACGUAUGAGUAUGCCAAGACAAUCCUAACCCUUAUGACGUCCUCGCCGAAGCAUCCAGAGGGUAAGGUACUGAUAACUGGGGGUGGAAUUGCCAACUUCACCAAUGUGGCUGCAACAUUCCGUGGCAUUAUUAGUGCCCUGCGUGAAUUUCAACCACGUCUUGUGGAGCACAAUGUAUCAAUUUUCGUACGACGUGCUGGACCGAAUUAUCAGGAAGGUUUGCGAAAGAUGCGUGAGAUUGGCAAGAGUCUUGGCAUUCCACUUCAUGUUUUUGGCCCCGAAACUCACAUGACGGCUAUAUGUGGCAUGGCGCUCAAUAAGAAACCCAUCCCGCAAGCUUGCAAUGUCAACUUUGCCACGGCUAAUUUCCUCUUACCCGGUGGGCAGCAGCAACAGGAAGCGCUAAAACAACAAAAUCAAACCCUGGAGAAGGAUAGUAGUGUGACAUCCGCAUGCCAGACGCCUUUCGAAGCUGAUUUACAUAAUUUUUCUGCAGGCGCCUUCUCAACCACAUCCGUGGUGGAUGGCGUACGUGGUGGUAAGAUGUUCUCCAAAACAACCAAAGCAAUUGUUUGGGGAAUGCAGACAAGAGCCGUUCAAUCGAUGCUUGAUUUUGAUUUUAUCUGUAGACGUGAAGAACCAUCUGUUGUUGCCAUGGUUUAUCCCUUCACGGGGGAUCAUAAGCAAAAAUUCUACUGGGGUCACAAGGAGAUUCUCAUUCCUGUCUACAAGAAAAUGUCCGAUGCCAUGACAAAGCACAAGGAAGCUGAUGUCCUUGUGAAUUUUGCCUCAUUGCGUAGUGCAUACGAGAGUACAGUUGAAGUUCUGGAGUAUCCACAAAUUCGCACAGUGGCCAUCAUUGCUGAGGGUAUCCCGGAGAAUAUGACGCGGAAGUUAAUUGUAAUGGCUCAAGAGAAGGGGGUUUCAAUUAUUGGUCCUGCAACGGUGGGAGGUGUGAAGCCAGGUUGUUUCAAGAUUGGCAACACGGGUGGUAUGUUGGACAACAUUCUCCACUCUAAGCUAUAUCGUCCUGGCAGUGUAGCUUACGUGUCACGAUCUGGUGGGAUGUCCAAUGAGUUGAAUAACAUCAUAUCCAAAGCUACUGAUGGUGUAGCUGAAGGUGUAGCAAUUGGGGGUGAUCGCUACCCUGGAACAACCUUUAUGGAUCACAUUUUGCGAUAUCAAGCAGAUCCGGAUAUUAAGAUGAUUGUUCUCCUGGGUGAAGUUGGUGGUGUUGAGGAGUACGAAGUUUGUCAGUCCCUCCGUGAGAAGCGCGUAACAAAGCCCCUGAUUGCUUGGUGCAUUGGCACGUGUGCUGGUAUGUUUAAAUCUGAAGUACAAUUCGGACAUGCGGGAUCUUGUGCAAAUUCCGAAAGAGAAACCGCCUCGACUAAGAACAAAGCUCUCAAGGAGGCUGGAGCCUAUGUACCAGCAUCAUUUGACACUUUGGGCGAUCUCAUUGGUAAUGUGUACACAGAACUUGUCAAGAAAGGCUACAUUGUACCCGUGCAGGAAGUUCCACCACCUACAGUACCCAUGGACUACUCAUGGGCUAGAGAAUUAGGACUAAUCCGCAAACCUGCAUCCUUCAUGACUUCCAUCUGUGACGAACGUGGGCAGGAGCUUCUCUACGCAGGAAUGCCAAUCAGUGAUGUGUUGAAUAAAAAUGUAGGCAUCGGUGGAGUUAUCUCACUUCUGUGGUUCCAAAAGUGUCUCCCACCCUAUGUUUGCAAAUUCUUUGAGAUGUGCUUAAUGGUCACAGCUGAUCAUGGACCUGCCGUUUCGGGUGCACAUAACACGAUUGUUUGUGCUCGAGCUGGAAAGGAUUUAGUCUCAUCACUCGUUAGUGGACUGCUUACUAUCGGAGAUCGUUUUGGUGGUGCUCUCGAUGGGGCUGCAAGGCAAUUUUCCGAGGCAUAUGAUUCAAAUCUCCAUCCAAUGGAAUUUGUUAAUGCAAUGAGAAAGAAGGGUUUGCUAAUCAUGGGCAUUGGGCAUCGUGUAAAGUCCAUCAAUAAUCCAGAUAUUCGUGUGAAAAUUAUCAAGGAGUUUGUUAUGGAGAAUUUCCCAGCAAAGCCCCUUCUUGAGUACGCUUUGGAGGUGGAGAAGAUCACGACGAGCAAAAAACCUAAUUUGAUUUUGAACGUUGAUGGUGUCAUUGCAACAUCUUUUGUGGAUAUGUUGAGAAAUUGUGGAUCCUUUACGAGUGACGAGGCUCAGGAGUACAUCAACAUCGGUGCUAUCAAUUCCCUCUUUGUUCUGGGACGUAGUAUCGGUUUUAUUGGGCAUUAUAUGGAUCAGAAGCGUCUUAAGCAAGGGCUUUACCGUCACCCAUGGGAUGAUAUCUCAUACGUGCUACCAGAACAAUUUAACUAAAACAAAAAGGAUUUUACUGUGAAAAGAAUUCUUCACAGAAUCCAUCCAAGAAUCACGGCAAUAGAAUUACAUAAAUCAGAGUCAAGACAUUCAGAGUGUAAAUUUUUUUUUCGUUAGAAAAGAAGAGAAAAUAAUUGAAAGGUGUCCAUGUAGCACGGAAAAAAUCUAUAUGCUUCAAAAAUUAUUGGUUAAUCUCAAAUUAGAAAGCGCACACAACAUAAAAAUGUUUUUCAAUGUAAAAGAGCACAAAGAAAAAAAAUAUGUUAGAAAGGAGAAUUAAAAAUUCUUGAAAAUGCACAAAUUAUGAAAAGAAAAAUAGAAAUUCAAUUUUUAAUUUUAAGAUUUUACUUUCUAUAUGAUUAAAUUUUUUCAAUCUCAAUGAAAUCUUUGGAAUAAGCAGUAAUCAAGAUUUUUUUUAUAAAUAAUGCUGUGUUGUCUAUAUUCUGUGGAAGAUUUUUUUUUGUAAUAGUGUAAUGUAUGAUUUUUUUUUCCAAAAAAUUAUAUUUGUUUCAUUUCGGAGGAUUUUUUGUUUAAAAAAAAUAUUUUCUCAUUUAUUGUUAUUUUAAACUUUAUAGACAUUUUCAAAAAACAGAGAUGUCCAGAGAAAAUAAAAAUCUCUGCAAGUUCCCUAAAUACGAUUGUAAUUAAAAUUAACAAAGAGAAUCUCUGAAAAGGGAAGAAAAAAGGCUUGUAUUGAAAUGUUAGGACUUUCUUUUUUUUUUUUAAGAGAAAAUAGGUUUUGUAAUUUUUUUUUCAUUUUCUUAUAUGAUUUUUUGAUACUUUUUAUAUUGCAUUUGCGAGUUUAGAAUAAAUUUCUGGUCUUUUCUAAGUUGAAUAAUUCUAACUUAUUGCUUUAAUAAAAUAUUGAAUUAUUUACUAUCUACCUAUACUUAUCUAAUGUUAUUUUUCUGAGUUUUAAGCGGAUGAGGAAGAAAAAUUUAAGAUCAGAACAAAAAUUUUAGAGGCACGAGUAAGACAAUCUAUUGAACAAAAAAAAGUUAAUAAAAAGAUCGCAUAAAACUUUUGAAAAACGGAAUUAUUUAAGCGGAAAAUCCAAUCUUUCUGCUUAUGUUUUUUUUUUAUGUUAAUUCAUUACAUGUCCAUUAAAAUAAACUUUUCUUGAAGUUUCCUUAAAAAAAACCUUCAGAAUCACUAAAAAAUAAAUGAUAAUUUUGGAACAAAUGUAAAUCAAGUUAAUGAUAAAAAAUAACAUUAAUAGGGAAAGAAAAGAAUGUAUUUCUUUAUUUUUUUUUACAAUAUAUAUUUUCAAAACAUCAAUUACAUUAUUUCUGCAACAAAAAUUGCACUUGUUAAUCAAAUUAGGAAGAUUACAUGGUUUAAUCGGAUAAAUUGUAGAUUUUGCACAUUCCUAGUAUAUAUUAAAAUAAAAGCACAGUUCAAAAAAAAACUACAUAAUGUAUGUUAGAAAACAAAAAAAAAUAAUGAGAAAAAGAUCCGUCAAAGCUAAAAAAAAAUGUUAAUUGUUGAAAGCAAAAGCUGAAUGGAGAUAAAAAUUUGUCAGAAAGUACAUUUAUAUUUUAACUAAAUAAAAAGGAUUUGUAGAGAAGAAUA